AUGCAUGAGGUCCCUGAUGAUCUUUUCUGCCGUCCCCACCACCCUCUGGAGUGCCUUCUUGUCUGCAGCUUGACAGCUGCUGUGCCAGACCGAGACGCUGCUGGUCAGGAUGCUCUCAAUGGCACCCCUGAAGAGUGGAGCAUCUCCUUGGCAGGGUGUGGUUUUAUGGGGAUUUAUUACAUUAGUGGGACCAGCUGUUUCCAGGAAAGGUUCCCUCGUUUCACACGAGAUGCCGUGAAGAUCUAUGGAGCUUCAGCAGGAGCUCUGAUGGCUGCUGUCAUCACGUUGGGAAUGCCUCUUGGUGAAUACUGUAAAUGCCGUACUGAUCUGAUGCACAUGGCCAGAGAGGCCCGAAAGCACCACCUGGGACCCCUUCACCCAGCUUACCUGCUGCAGAUAGUUCAGGACUCGCUGCUGGGGAAACUUCCAGAGGACGCUCACAUCCGAGCCUCUGGAAAGCUCUGUGUGUCUCUUACCAGAGUGUCUGAUGGGAAGAACUUACUGGUGUCACAGUUUGACAGCAGAGAAGAGCUCAUUCAGGCCCUUAUUUGCAGCUGCUUUGUUCCCCUUUACAGUGGUGUUAUCCCACCCACCUAUCGAGGAGUGGUGAGUAAACCAGCAGUAUGCAAACCAUGAGACAGGCCCUCA